AUUGUGUCAUAAAAAAAUAUAUUUACCGGCUUUUCUUUCAACAGUUUGAUAAGAUAUUUACGAAGAAACGUGGAUUUGCGUUCAAAAUAAACUAAAACAAAUAACAAUAACAUUAGUUCAGCGCGUAAAGAAGUAAAAAUCUAGCUAUUCUCGAAUUAUAAUAUUAUAGAUAUUACUGAGGGAUAUCAGAAUCUAAUUGACCACAAGUGAAUGACGGAAAAUAUUUCAUUCCUCAAGCAGCAAAUUUGAAUUUAAAAUGAUUAAAGUGUAUAGAUGGGGUCCAAAUUUUCCCUAUAGCUUCUUCGGCCACAUAUCCAUGCAACUCUCAGACGGUACUUACGUCAGCUUCUGGCCAUCCAAUCCUCUUUCUAUUGGACACUCUAAGGACAACGAAAGAUGCACCUACGACAGCGAUUCUCUGGACGAACUACGUCCCGCUGACGAAAUCCUCGAGAUUCCAGCUGAUGCAGACACGCAGGAUAGAAUCAAAAGGUUCUGGAAGGAAUACUUGGUAAAACACAAAUAUUCCUAUCAUUUGCUAACAAAUAACUGUGCUACUAUUGUGAAGAGAGCUUUCAAGCACGGGUGGCCUACGCAGGUUGACUAUAACAGUUUUCAGAUGAUAGAUACACCAGACUAUGUGUUUGGCUGGGCUUCCCAAAAAUGGGGGAAACAUUUCGUAGUUCAAUUCAUGGAGGAAUUUAGUAGUUUAAUUAGAAAUCUGUCUAUGCUAUGUAUAGUUUAUAAGUUAGUGUUAGAACCAAAAGCAAUCAAACAAUCAUAACAGGUUCAAUGAAUAAGAGAUACAUUAAUUUUGUAAGUUAAGAAACCAAUAUUUAAACCAAUAACAUGAGGUGAUUAGCUGGAA